AUGAGUUUUAGCAGUGGAAACGGAUCACAUGACAAAACUCAUCACGAUAUUGCCGAACAAGAGAGUGCUAAAAUUAGAAGGCUUAAAAGGAGAUUGGUACUUGCCGAGAGAAGACCAAAUAAGGCACAUAAAGUUCUUACACCAUGUAGUGGUUCACAAAGUAAUAUUCUUCAAACUAGCUUUUCAUGUGAUAAGGACUACAACGGAUAUGGCAAAAGAUCACUAGACGCGCAAGGGAGUACAAUAGUAGGGAGAAACUUUGUUGGCAAAGAGAACAUAUAUGGUAGAGCCAUCAAUGAUUGUGUUGUAAACUUAAUGUCCUCAUUUGAUGAUGCUGCAAGUCCUGUUCUGGAGUUCAUGGAAUCUACCCAAUCUCAUGUCUCAAAUUUGACUCAAUCUACACCUCUAAAUGGUCAUAUGUCUAGAGUUGAGUACUUGGAUAUAGGGGAUCCUACGUGGAAGUGUGAAUAUUGUGGAGCAUUAAUGUGGUAUGACGAAAGGACUGUUAAAGCAAAAAGACCUGAUGAGCCUGAAUUCAGCCUAUGUUGCUCAUCUGGAAAAGUACAAUUGCCUCUUAUGUUGGAUCCUCCACUAACAUUGCGUCACCUUCUUUUUGAUAAGGAUACGGAACAGAGUAAGCAUUUCAGAGAAAAUAUCAGGGCUUACAAUGCAGCCUUCAACUUCACAUCUAUGGGUGCUAAAGUGGAUAGGGAAGUCAAUACCGGUCGUGGUCCACGUGUGUUUAAAAUUUCUGGCCAAAAUUAUCAUAGUAUUGGUGAUCUAACUCCUCCAGAAGGUCAUCGUCCAAAAUUUGCACAAUUAUACAUAUAUGAUACAGCCAAUGAAGUUGAGAAUAGACGAGCAUUAUUCAGGACAAGUGACUCUGAAUUUAUGUUGCACUCCAACAUAAUUCAAAUGUUGAAAGAUAUGCUUGACAAGGAUAAUGUUUGGGCUGAAGCAUUUCGGAUGGCAAGAGAUGUUUUUGAUGUACAUGAAGAUGAAAAUUUCAGCUUGAAGUUAAUCUUUGACAGGCAAUCUGAUGGGAGAACCUACAAUAUGCCUACUGUUUCAGAGGUAGCUGCCCUUAUUGUUGGAGAUUUUGAUACUUCUUUUAAUAGAAGAGACAUAGUGGUUCAGAAAAAAAAUGGAAGACUAAAGUUUGUUAGUGAGCUUCAUCCAGCCUACCUUCCAUUGCAGUACCCAUUGUUGUUUGCUUAUGGAGAGGAUGGUUAUCGAAGUGGUGUUUUACAUAGAGGUCUUGAUCUUGAAGAAUGGAUAUCCAAACCUGCCUACAACACUGUUACUAUAAGGGAGUUUUUUGCUUUUAGACUACAAACGAGGGAGAAUGAACCUGAAACCCUUUUACAUGUAGGAAAAUUAUUCCAACAAUUUAUUGUUGAUGGUUACACAAUGAUUGAGGCUCAUAGAAUGUGUUACUACAGAAGGAAUCAAAAAAAAUUUAGGGCUGGUUCAUAUAAAGAUGUUAACUCUGCUGUUGAUCAUGGCAUCACUGAAUCAUCAUCUUCUGGAACCCGGAUCUUGCUUCCAUCUUCAUUUAUUGGUGGUAGGAGAUAUAUGAAUCAACAUUAUUAUGAUGCAAUGGCUAUUUGUCAUAAGCUGGGCUAUCCAGAUUUAUUCAUAACUUUUACGUGCAACCAGAACUGGGUUGAGAUUAACAGAUUCUUGACGAAGAAAAGAUUGAGGCCAGAAGAUCGCCCUGACGUUGUAACUAGGGUAUUCAAAAUAAAGUUACAACAACUAAUGGAAGAAUUAAAGAGCGGAACUUUGUUUGGUGACGUGAUUGCCGUUGUGUAUACCAUUGAAUUUCAGAAGAGAGGUCUCCCUCACGCGCAUAUAUUGUUAUUUCUUCGGAAUAAGUCUCCAAAUCAUUCUCAUAUUGACAAAAUAAUUAGUGCGGAAAUACCAGAUCCCAAUCAACAACCGCUACUUUAUGAAAGAGUGAAGACAUCCAUGAUGCAUGGUCCUUGUGGCUCAGAUAAUGUAAAAUCUCCAUGCAUGAAAGAUGGGAAGUGCUCCAAAUUUUUUCCAAAGCCUUAUGUGGAAAGCACUACACUUGAUGAAGAAGGAUUUCCGGUGUAUAGAAGACGUAAUGAUGGGAGAACCGUCAAAAAAGGAAACAUAGAGUUGGAUAAUCGAUAUGUGGUUCCUUAUAAUCCCACAUUGUUGCUGAAAUAUGACUCACAUAUAAAUGUGGAAUGGUGUAAUCAAUCAGGGUCUAUAAAGUAUCUUUUCAAGUACAUAAGCAAGGGCCAUGACCGUAUUAUAGCUGGGAUACAUGACAAGAACAAGGAAGUAGAUGAGAUCAAAAUGUAUUAUGAUUGUCGUUACUUAUCACCGUGUGAAUCAGUUUGGAGGACUUUUGGCUUCGAGAUUGUGCAUAGGGAGCCGACUGUUGAGAGAUUAUCAUUUCAUCUCCCUGGUGAACAAAGUGUGUUAUAUGAGGAUGAUGAGCCUCUUGAUGUUGUCUUAGACAAAGCUGGAUCUAAGGGAACAAUGUUUACCGCAUGGCUAGAAGCAAAUAAAAAGUAUCCUGAAGCGAAAAAUCUAACAUAUGCUGAAUUUCCGUCUAUGUUUGUCCUUAAUAAAAAGGCAAAUAAAUGGGAGCCAAGGAAGUCCGGUAGAAGCAUUGGCAGAAUGCAUUAUGUAAAGCCUACAUGUGGAGAGCUUUUUUACAUGAGAAUAUUGCUCAAUGUUGUAAAAGGGCCUCAGAAUUUUGCAGAUAUUCGAACAAUUGAUAAUGUAGUUCAUGAAACAUAUAGAGAUGCAUGUGCCAAAUUGGGAUUUCUAGAAGAUGAUGGACAAUAUGUUCGAGCAAUCAAAGAUGCUUCUUUUACAUCCUCAGGACAUCGUCUAAGGUUAUUGUUUUGUUUGGAACUGAGUGUUGAACAACUACGUGCCAAGACUUUAUUGGAAAUUGAAAAGAUACUCAAGGGUCAUAGUAGAAGUUUGGCAGAUUUUCAUGGAAUGCCAUGUCCUGAUGAAAUCUUUGUUCGUGAGGAAGAGAAUAUUCUUAUUCAUAAUGAAAUGAGUUACGAUGUAAAAGUGCUUAGAUCUGAUUUACAAGGUCUAAUUUCUUCUCUCACGGAUGAGCAAAUGAAAGCUUAUAGUAAAAUCAUGGAAGUUGUAGAUGGAAACAAGGGUGGUGUUUUUUUCCUUAAUGGUUAUGGAGGAACCGGAAAGACAUUUGUAUGGAGAACACUCACCACUGCUUUGCGUGCUAGAGGUGAUAUUGUUCUUACUGUGGCUUCUAGCGGAAUUGCAGCGAUCCUUCUCCCAGGUGGAAAGACUGCACAUUCAAGAUUUGGCAUUCCCAUAGAUGUGGAUCAACAUUCGACAUGUAAAAUCAAACAAGGGUCAGACUUAGCUGAGUUAAUGAUUGUGGCUAAAUUGAUAAUUUGGGAUGAAGCUCCUAUGACGCAUAAGUACUACUUUGAAGCAUUUGAUAGGUCUCUUCGUGAUAUUAUGAGUAGUUCCAACUCGAAUAGUCUGAACGAAGUAUUUGGUGGAAAAACUAUUGUGUUUGGUGGAGAUUUUCGGCAAAUUCUCCCGGUUAUCCCGGGAGGGGGGCGCUCCGAAGUUAUUUUUGCAACAAUUAAUUCAUCCUACAUAUGGGAUAGUUGUCAUGUUUUGUCCCUAACAAAGAACAUGAGAUUGAAAUCAAGCACCAUGGGGCAGGAUGUUGAUCAGUUAAGAGAAUUUGGCGAGUGGAUCCUAAAGAUAGGUGAUGGUCUAGCUGGUGGUCCUAAUCAUGGUGAAGCUGAAAUUGACAUCCCAAAAGAUUUGAUGAUAGACAAUUAUGAUGACCCUAUUCAUGCUAUUGUUGAGAGCACAUAUCCUGACUUGAUGAGAUAUUACAAGGAUAAGGAAUAUUUGGAAGAUAGGGCUAUCCUUUGUCCUACGUUGCGCAUUGUGAGGAAGAUCAAUGAUUACAUGUUGUCUUUGAUUCCUGGUGAAGAAAGAAUUUAUUACAGUGCAAACAGAAUUUGCCCUACUCAAAGACAACAUCAUACAUUGCAACAUUUGAAUCAGUCUGAAUUUUUAAAUGGCUUGGAGAGCUCUGGACUGCCAAAUCACGAGUUGAAGCUCAAAGAAGGAGUCCCUAUCAUGUUACUUAGAAAUAUAGACCAGACACAAGGUCUUUGUAAUGGGACUAGGUUAAUAGUGACUCAGAUGUAUGAUACUGUUAUUGAAGCCAAGGUGAUUACAGGAGCAUAUAGUGGUAAAAAGCACUGGAUUACUAGAAUGUUGAUGGUUCCGUCCCAAAGCAAAUGGCCAUUUAAACUUCAAAGAAGGCAAUUUCCUAUCGCCGUGUGUUAUGCAAUGACCAUAAAUAAAAGUCAAGGUCAAUCAUUGAAUAACGUUGGGUUAUAUCUUCCAAAACCUCCUUUCAUUCAUGGACAAUUAUAUGUUGCUGUAUCGCGAGUAAAGAGCAGAAAGGGAUUGAAGAUAUUAGCUCACGAUAAAGAUGGUGAAGUAUCCAGCAAGACAACCAAUGUUGUAUGGAAAGAAGUAUUCCAGAAUGUCCAUUAG